AUGAACGUCAUCCCAAGCUUAAGUGCUGGAACCUGGGCACUGCUUGUUCUCUUCCUGACUCUCCUGUUUCUAUAUGGGACCUGGACACAUAAGCUCUUUAAGGACCUGGGAAUUCCAGGACCAGCACCUCUUCCAUUCUUUGGCAGUAUUCUUUCCUACCACAAAGGUUUCGCAAAUUUUGACCUGACUUGUUUUAAAAAAUACGGGAAAAUCUGGGGGUUUUUUGAUGGCAGACAACCUGUAUUGGCUGUCAUGGACCCAGAGAUUAUCAAAUCAGUGAUGGUAAAAGAGUGCUAUUCUGUCUUCACCAAUCGUCGGAGUUUUGGUCCAGCAGGAAUUUUGGACAGUUCUAUCUCACUUGCUGAAGAUGACCAAUGGAAGAAGGUUCGAACACUGUUGUCUCCAACAUUUACAAGUGGAAAACUCAAGGAGAUAAAGAAAUGGAUAUUGAUGUUUCCCAUCAUUAACCAAUAUGGAGACGUAUUAGUGAAGAAUAUGAGGAAAGAAGCAGAGAAAAGCAAACCUGUGCCUGUGAAAGACAUUUUUGGGGCCUACAGCAUGGAUGUGAUAACCAGCACUUCAUUUGGUAUCCAUGUUGAUUCUUUGAAUAACCAGAAUGAUCCCUAUAUCAGAGAAAUGAAGAAGCUAGUUGCAUUUAAUAUUCUGGACCCAUUCAUACUUGCAAUAAUGCUCUUUCCAUUCCUUAAUCCUUUGUUUAAAAAAUUCGAUGUAUCUCUAUUUCCAAAAGAUACAACAGAGUUCUUAGCAAAAGUAAUUAAAAAAAUGAAAGAAGAACGAAUGAAAAAUUCACAGAAGCACCGGGUAGAUUUCCUUCAGCUGAUGAUGGAUUCUCAGACUUCUAAAAACUCGGAGAUGCAUCUGAGUGAUGAGGAAAUCGUGGCCCAAUCUAUUAUCUUUCUUUUUGCUGGCUAUGAAGCCACCAGCUCAGUCCUUUCCUUCCUUUUUUAUAACCUGGCUACACACCCUGAGGUCCAGCAGAAACUUCAGGAGGAGAUCGAUGCAGUUUUGCCUAACAAGGAAGCAGUCACGUAUGAUGCCCUGGUACAGAUGGAGUAUCUAGACAUGGUGAUAAAUGAAAAUCUCAGGCUGUUCCCUGUAGCUGGCAGGGUCGAAAGGGUUGCUAAGAAAACUGUUGAGAUCAAUGGACUGACGAUCCCUAAAGGCACAGUGGUGAUGGCCCCACCCUUUGUCCUUCAUCGUGACCCAGAAUACUGGACAGAGCCGGAGGAGUUCCACCCUGAAAGGUAG